GUUAGCGCUCAGCGGCUGGAGAAGGCGGGCGGCGCGGUGGGUUUUGUGCUGUCCGGUGUCGGUAUACUCGGUGCUCACACUCUAGUCAUGUCGUUGUUCCAGCGUGUGGUGAACAGGUCUCUCUGGAGACAUAAUGCACUACUACUCCCAGCAUUUCCCACCAGCUGCAGGCUUUUUUUUUGUAUAUUGCAACACUACAACUAAUUUCAAUUUGAUAGUGGAUCCUGCAUGUCACCCAGUCAGAGGCUAUAUGCCCAGCAGAGGGUCCUAUGGAUUCCCUCUUCAGAAUCUACUGCAGUGCUUUCAGUGCUCCAGAGAAGAUGAACAUACUUCAUAUGGUGAAGUUGGUAUGCCAGUUCCACCUUUCGGAUGCUCAUUUAGUUCAGUUCCAGAUAUGCCUCACGUCCUUGGAGUGGCAAAUGAGGAGGGCAUGGUAAGACUGUAUGAUACAGAGUGCCAGGACAUGCAGCGGAGGAUUGUAAAAGACUGGCAGGCUCACACUAAUGCAGUCUUUGACAUUGCCUGGGUGCCAGGGGAACACAAGUUGGUAACCGCUUCUGGAGACCAGACUGCUAAACUAUUUGAUGUGAAGGCUGGUGAGCUUCUCGGGGAAUGUAAAGGACACCAGUGCAGUCUGAAGUCUGUUACUUUCUCCAGGUUUGAAAAAGCUGUGUUCAGUACUGGAGGAAGAGAUGGCAACAUUAUGGUUUGGGAUACUCGAUGCAACAAAAAAGAUGGCUUCUACAGACAAGUGAACCAGAUUACCGGGGCUCACAAUGCGCCAGAUAAAAGAACGCCACUGAAAGUAAAGAAGCGAAAGACUCCAGCCAAAGGACUUGCCCCAUGUGUGGACUUUCAGCAGAGUGUGACAGUGGUGAUCUUUCAAGAUGAGCACACAAUAAUUUCGGCAGGAGCAGUGGAUGGUAUUAUCAAAAUGUGGGAUUUGAGAAAGAAUUACACAGCUUACCGACAGGACCCGAUCCCUGCAAAAUGUCUUCCGUAUCCUGGAAACAGCACUAGAAAACUAGGCUAUUCCAGCUUAAUUUUGGACUCCACCGGAAGCAGCCUGUUUGCCAGCUGUACGGAUGAUAAUAUCUAUAUGUUUAAUGUAGCCGGAUUAAAGAGUGAUCCGGUCUCUGUGUUCAGCGGCCAUAACAAUUCCACAUUUUAUAUAAAGUCCAGCCUUAGUCCCGAUGGUCAGUUUCUCCUCAGUGGCUCAAGUGACCACAACGCUUAUAUCUGGCAGGUGUCCAAACCCUAUGCUCCUCCUAUAAUGCUUCAGGGACACAGUCAAGAAGUCACCUCCGUCACUUGGUCUCCCACGGACUUCACAAAGAUUGUCACCUGCUCUGAUGAUAACACUAUAAGAGUAUGGAGGAUGAAGAGGGCCGGCAGUGAGGGUAUGGAGGAGGAAAAACUCAACAAAGUGGGAUGGACUUGUCCGAAGAAGAUUGAAUUACCAUCUACAGUGACUGUACUCUGCACACCUCCAAAAUCCCCCAUGGUCCACAGCCCUCAGAUUAUGUCUUCACCUACGCCAGCCACCUGUGCCCCAAGUUAUACUGGGGACCUCCCAAUGUCUUCUAGCACACCAACAUCCCCUUUCGUGCCAUUUUCUAAACUUCAUACCCCCAAGAGGCCGAAAGUGGAGGUUUCCACUACGACUCCCAAACAGCAGUCUGCUUCUAAGGUGACCAUUAAAAGCUGGGUCACCCGUACACCUAGGUCACUCACAUUAGCCCCCAAAACCCCAUCCCCAAGGAAGGCGUUUACUCCUAUUGAGCAGUAUGCCGAAGCCUCUGAUUCCAGAGCACCACCCACUUAUGAGAAGAGGGCGAAGAGGCGCCUCGAGACCAGCAGCGAAAAUACAGAACACGAAUGUUUCUCUCAAUGUACCUGUGUGACGGAGCUGGAACCAGGCAUGAAGAAGACCAAGCUAGACCUGGAGUUGUGUUCUGUGGAUAAGGAGGACAGUAAAGGUACCAGGUGUCUAAAUCUUGCAGAUCUGAGUACAGACUGUUUAGAAAGACCUUCUUCUUCACAGUCCAUAGAUGUCCCCGAUGGUCGACUUAAAUCGCCCUGUCUAGUAAAGUCUGGACCACAAGACAAAGAAAACACACCAGAGAAAAACUGGCUGUCUGCACUGGGGAGCAAGAUAAAAUCUGAUAAGUCCACAACACAUUGCAAAGUAACACACAGCCCGUCUAGUAGCGGCAGUGCCAAGAAGACCCCUGCAAGAAGUAAAAUGGACUCUCCCAUAUGUACUCCAACACCAAGAUCCUCGAGGAAGAUUUCCAUGUACUUUAAGAAGCCUACAGAGUAACCUAGCUGCCUGUAAAAAAAAAAAUGUCAUGCUAGACUGUGCAGGUCCUGUUCAUUUACACUUCAUAGCGGAAUCUUGUGAACCACAGAUUAAUCUACAUAAGCGAAUAUGAAGAUCAGUCACUGCCAGGAUCAUAUUGGAUAUUAUAUAUCUGCCCAUGAUCCUUUUAGUCAUCAGACAUAUCUGGUUGGAAGUUUUCAUAAUUUGCAUCGAAGCGUUACUUGGUGCCAAGGUGUGUGUAUAUGAAUCUUCUAUGAUGGAGACACCAGCACUUGAUUAACAUUAAUCCAACUGAUGGCUCCCUGGGUGAUGGGCAACUACAACUCCCAACAUGCUCACAUUCUGCAGCUGUCAGGCCAUCCUGUUAGUUGCAGUUUCCGAAUACAGGUUGCAGUAUACCAUAACUAUGCUAAAAAAAAUCUUCCCAAUCCAGCGCGCUUACACAUUAAAAAUACUAACCAGAUGUGCUGAUGGUCUAAACAUAAACGGAGUAAGAAAGAAUUGCUAUAGAGCAAAGAUAUUGUUCUUAAUGUUUUGGUUUGUUUUAUUAAGUUUAAACCCCAGAUAAAAACUGAUGCAAAAACUUAGUCAAUUUCCAUUGUAGAAUUCUACCUAGGUUUCUGAAUGUUAUUUAUUUUUUGGGCAUAGAGUUUUGUUAUUGUCCAGUUAACUAUUUUAUUGUUGUAAAUACAAAGAGGUUAUAUAAAUAUGAUCUAUUUCUUUUAUUAAUUUUUUUUUUUAUAUGUACUCUGGGGAUAAGCUUUCUGAUUAUGGGGUGUCCCAGAAAUAUUAGUAUACAGCCACUAAGUACUGUAAGGGUUAAUAUUUUUUAAUAGAAGUCAUUUACAAAUCUAACUUUCUGGCACCAGUUUAUUUAAAAAAAUAAAUAAAAUUCCAACGGAGUAUCCUUUUAAAGGAGUAGUGCAGUCCAAAGGAUAGGGGAUAACGGGAUAAGUUAUAGAUCACGGGGGUCUGACCACUGGGACCCCUGCGAUCUAUAACUUAUCCACUAUCCUGUUUGAUAGGGGAUAAGUUAUGUUUUACUACAGAACUCCUUUAAGAGAGACAGACGUGCAGGAUCUUCUCUGUGUGCAGUGCAUAGAGACAUAGAAGUACAGGAUCUCUUCUGCGUACGGUUUAUAGGGACAGAUUUGCAGGAUCUCCUCCUCUGUGUGUACAGUGUAUAGACAUAGCAGUGCAGGAUCUCCUCCUCUGUGUGUACAGUGUAUAGACAUAGAAGUACAGGAUCUCCUCCUCUG